UCUCUCUCGCUUUGAAGGAGCUCAUUAGAGCACUUGACUUGUCUUUCCUACCUGCUCUGUCUCUCUCCCUCUCCCUCUCUCUGCAAGUUCACGUACCUUUGCUCUGUUUUCUCUCGCCCAUGGAGUUCUGCCGGAAUGUGUCAGUUCCCGGAGACUCGCAGCCGAAGCUCGGUGGCUUCGCAAGCAACAGUCUUGACGAACUCUUCUCCAUCCAGAAGCCGGAAGCUGAUGUUAGCAUGGAGUGGCUGUCAGUUUUGGUGGAGGACUGCCUGUCCAGCAAAGGAAACACCCUCCAAGUCCAGACACUACCGCCUCCUUCCUCAGCAUCAGUUCCCUCCAAAACGCCCAACAAGCCUUCCUCGACCAACUUGUCAUCACUCCACAAGAUUGUGGUCACAGGCAAGGCCAGGAGCAAGAGGAAGCGAAUAGCAGCCGCCAAAACCAAGAACAACCCGUUCUUGAUGAUACCCACUUGGCCCAACCACUCCUCCGACCCGCUCUUGCUCCACCAGUCCCACUGGCUCGCCGACAGCGAGCUCAUUCAGCCCAAGAAGCAAGAACUAGAACAGCCCAAGAAGCAGGAACAAGAACAGCCCAAGACAACCACCAACAUGGCAAGUAGCCCCACACAAUGCGACGCAGAGGAGGAAGCGGUGGAGAGCAAAGAAGACCAGUCGGAGGAGAGUGGCGGCGGCGGAGUGGGGCAGCAGGGGACGGGGAGGAGGUGCACCCACUGUCUGUCGCAGAGGACGCCGCAGUGGAGGGCGGGGCCAAUGGGGCCGAAGACGCUGUGCAACGCGUGCGGGGUGAGGUACAAGUCGGGUCGGCUGCUGCCGGAGUACCGGCCGGCCAAGAGCCCCACCUUCGUGAGCUACUUGCACUCCAACUCCCACAAGAAGGUCCUGGAGAUGAGGAAUUCAAACAUGUCCGUCCUCUCUCCUUCCGGCGAGAGAAGAAGGUGAAAACCCAGAGGAAGGUGAGGUUUUACUUUUUUCUUUAGUCAGGUUAGAUUAGGUGAUGAUUAGGUAAACUCUUCUACGUUAAAAAUAGGAAAUAUUUGUUGUCCUCUUUAAUGUGGCAAAAGACCCUUCAUUUAGUUAUUAAUUCUUAAUGAUGAUUUGUUGAGGCUUUGGCUUA